UUUUUGUUGGCAUUACAUAUAUUGACAGUUGUUUUAAAAUUUGUUUACAUCGAUAUUUAAAUUCCUGUACAAACAUUAAAAUCGUGAUUUUUAAGUUGUUGUGUCGCAAAAUCUAUAACAUUUUGGUGUAAAGUAUACAACGUAAAAUCGUUUUACAGGAUCCGUACACGAAAUGUGGUGAAACCCUUUAUGCUCCUGACAGCGAACUUUUAUACAGUACCAGUAGUAUAACUGCCCCUCAAGUUCAAUGUAAAAAGUGCGAUUUAAGACUGACACCGGAUAAAGAAGCCGUCAUUGUUGAAUGUUUUUCGUGUUUUGAUAUUCCUUCACCUAAACGGCCAGCGAACUGAAAAAGAUAUUAUUUAUAAGGUGUAUUACAUACAAGUUGCGAAUUACACGAGCGUCGAAGUAACUGGUAAAGAAAACUUUUGACGUUUUAGAACGUAUGUCCGUGAUUGUUGCAACAUAUUUCAUCACAUGCAAUUUGUGGUUAUGUUUGAUUAGUGCGGUACAGAUAUUUUUAAAUUAAAGAAAUAAUAUACAACAAAAGUAAUCAAGAAACAUGUUUAGUCGAAAUAUAAUAAACUAUAUCAAAGGCAAUUCCCCACUAAAAAAAAUCAUACGAACUCAUGUGGAUGUGCAAACAAUAAAACAUAAAGACACUGUAUGUAAUAUAGCGGAUAUAAAAAAUUUUACGGUGGGCCAGCAAGUGCAUGGUUUUCAAGUAAAAGAAAUAAAAAAUAUUCCUGAAUUUGCCCUUACCGCUGUAUGCUUAGAGCACACGAACAUAAAAUGUCAGUACUUGCACUUGUACAGAAAUGAUAGCAAUAACGUAUUUUCAAUAAAUUUUAGAACUACCCCAUUAAACAGCACAGGGUUACCUCAUAUAUUGGAGCACACAGUGUUAUGUGGUUCGCAACAGUUCCCAGUUCGGGAUCCAUUUUUCAAAAUGCUGAAUCGCUCACUGGCCACUUUCAUGAACGCUAUGACAGGCUCGGAUUACACUAUGUACCCCUUUAGCACGCAAAACGAGUCUGAUUAUAGGAAUUUGCAGAAAAUUUAUUUGGAUGCCGUUUUUAAACCGAACCUAUCUGAGUUUGAUUUUAUGCAGGAGGGGUGGAGAUUGGAAAAUGUGGAUUUAAACGAUGCCACAUCCAAAUUGAUUAUCAAAGGCAUUGUUUAUAAUGAAAUGAAAGGGGUUUUCUCGGAAAAUGAAAACAUAUUGGGUCAAAAACUGCAAAAUGCCAUCCUACCCGAUCACACGUAUGGGGUUAUAUCGGGAGGAGAUCCGAAUAAAAUUCCUGAUUUAACCUGGGACGACUUAAAACAGUUUCACAGAAAUCAUUAUCACCCCAGUAACUGCAGAUUCUAUUCGUAUGGUAAUUUUUCUUUGGCUCCUACUUUGGAAUACAUCAACGAAACAUACUUGAAGAAUUACGUGUACCAAGAAACUAAGCACACAAUGGUACCCAAACAGCCGAGAUGGACGGAGGUUAAAAGAGAACACAUAACCGGUCGUUUUGAAAACAUGCGGGAAACCAUUGAGAAGCAAAACACGCUUUCUAUUUCCCUCUUGUUAUCCGAUAAUACGGAUGUUUACGAAACGUUCCUAAUGCAAUUUGUGACCGAGUUGCUGACCAAAGGCCCCAACUCGCCCUUCUACAAAUCCAUGAUCGAACCAAAUUUCUCCAGCGGUUUCACUGGUUCCACAGGGUUUGAUAACCAAGCCAGAGACUGCAUAUUCAGCGUUGGGUUGCAGGGUUUGUCCAAAGAUGAUUUCGAGAAAGUCAUCAACAUCUACGAAAAAACCAUAGAUGAAGUCGUGCAGACAGGUUUUGACGCAAACCAAAUAGAAUCCGUGCUGCAUAGAUACGAAUUGUCCAUCAAACACGAGACCAACAACUUCGGUUUGGGACUGUUGUUUAGUUUGAGCGCCUUGUGGAACCACCAAGGACCCGUUGUGGAAUCCCUGCAAGUCAAUAAUAUAAUACAAAAACUUAAGCGCCACAUAGAGAACGACCCGAAGUAUUUGCAAAAUGUUGUUGAUCAAUAUUUCCGACAGAACAAGCACAAAUUGAUUUUGAGUAUGUCGCCGGAUGUCGACUUUGAAAAGAAGAUUACCGAGCAAGAAAAGCAGCUAAUCGAAGAGAAGGUCAGGAAUCUCAAGGAAGAAGACAAAAGAAAGAUACACGAGAAAUGUUUGCAACUGGAGGCCAACCAAAAGAAACCAAUCGAUACAAACUUGCUGCCGACUUUAACGAUGCAGGACAUUGGUAACGACGUGGAAAGAAUCACUUUAAGUCACACGACGGUCAAUCACGUCCCAACGCAGAUAAACAAAGUCAACGCCAAUGGUAUCGUGUACUUUAGAUCCCUAUUGAACACCGUGUCUUUGACCCAAGAGCAGCAAAUGCUUCUGCCGCUGUUCUGUUACGUCAUCGGAAAACUGGGAACGGAGAAAAUGAACUACCGCGAUUUCGACAGCCUUGUCAACCGUAAAACGGCCGGACUUUACUUCAACGUGCACACGGGGGAAAGCCUGUACCAUUUGCACUCGUACGAACCUGGUGUUUUGAUCUCCAGUCACUGCCUGGAAUCGAACAACGAAGCCAUGUGGGAACUUUGGGAGCAAAUUUUCACGAUCCAACGGCUCUGCGACGUCGACAGAUUCAAGAUGCUCACGCAGCUCUACAUGUCGCAGUUGACGCAGGGUUUGGCCGAUAUGGGGCAUGUGUAUGCGAUGCAGGCCGCUUCGGGGUUGGUUUCCGGCUCAGCCUACCAGAUGGAGCUGCUGAGCGGGUUGCAGCAUAUCUCCUACAUGAAGAGAUUGUUGCACACGAGCAAUUUCAAGGCCAUGCUGGCGGAGAUUAGCAACAUUGCCAAUUGUCUUUUCGACAAGAACAAAAUGAGAGUUGCUCUAAACAUAUCCCACGACAACGAAGGCAAUAUAAUAAAGAACUACGAAAAAUUCCUGCGCAAUCUUCCCAGCAUUAACGACAAUCUUUCCAUCGAAAAUUCCUACAUAACCGGCAAAGUAUGGGCGCCAACUGACGCAGUCCAUUGCCAACAUCACGUUUUAAAUGUCCCCGUAAACUAUUGCAGCAAAGCCGUUUUAACCGUACCGUAUGCGGACCCGGACUACGCCAAGUUAAGAGUCCUGGCUAAACUGCUAACCGCCAAAUAUUUACACGGGGAGCUGCGAGAGAAACAAGGCGCCUACGGCGGAGGCGCCAGAUUGACCUCCGACGGCGUGUUUUCGUUUUACAGCUACAGAGACCCGAGAAACUUAAAAACGCUGGGCGUCUUCGACGAGUCGUUGACUUGGUUGCAGGAGAACGUCGACAAGGUCACCGAUCAGGAGAUCUUGGAGGCCAAGUUGGGCGUGUUUCAGGCCAUCGACGCGCCCGUGCCGCCGAACAAAAAGGGCUGCGCGGAGUUUUUGAGGAGGCUCACUCCGGACGCCUUGCAAAGGCACCGGGCCGAGGUCAUGACUGUCGAUGCCGAGGGCUUGAAGGACGUGGGCGAGAAGUUCUUGGGGCAUGAGAACGUUUUGAGAACGGGGAAAGUUGUUUUGGGACAAAAAAGUGAUCAGAUGGAUGUGAGCAAUCGGCCAGGAGAACUGUGGACUGUUAUUGAUACCGCGUAAUCACUGUUUCCCCCCUGUUUUGUAUUUAUUGUUCAGUAAUAAAGUGUUUUAAAGU